GGGAACGCUGGAUUAACAAAGAGAAGCUUUACAGACAGCUGCAGCAUGGCGGACUACUUUGAAGAUUAUUCUGUCUACAGUAACCUGUGUGAUGAAGAGCUGCUGCAGCUCGCCAUCACACGCAGUCUGACGGACAGCCCAUCUUUAAACCACAGCUCCCACAAUCCUCCAAGUGAAGAGCCUCCUGACCCGAAGACGUUUGAUGGGACCAUCAGUCGCUUCAUGACGGGAGCUGGGAAGAGCAUGGUGGCGUAUCGCCGACCUGAUGGCAGUCUGGUCCACAUCGCUCCAGAACCUGAGGCGGAGGAGGAGCCUCUGUUCAGAGCGGUCCGUGUCGGGGAUGUUAGCAAAGUGAAAGCGCUGACGAUGGUCCAGGAAACAAACCUGAUGCUUCCAAGUAAACCGGGCUGGCUCGCCAUUCACCAGGCGGCAUGGUAUGGGCAGGACAGCUGUCUGAGAGUACUGCUGUCAGCUCAGCCGGGGAUGAUCAACAAGCGGACCGAGCACGGGGAGACGGCUCUGAUGGUCGCUGUCAGCAAAGACCAGUUGCCAUGCGUUCAGGUGCUGCUGGAAAAGGGAUCUGAUACUAAUACCCCCAACUAUGACAAAGAGACACCGCUCUACAAAGCCUGUGAGAGGAGCAGCGCCGCAAUAGUGGCGGCCUUGUUGAACCACGGUGCAGCCGUCAACACUCCCUGUAUUUGGAGUUUCACGGCCCUACACGAAGCUGCUAUUCAAAACAACGCGGAGAUCUGUGAGAUGCUGCUGAAGGCUGGAGCCAAACACACUCUGGUCAAUGUGUACGGCCUCUCGCCGUUGUUUACCGCCUCGCAGAGCGGGCAGCUGGCAAUCCUGCGCCUCCUCCUCAAACACGGUGCAGACAUUAACAGCCAGGCUGCUGAUGGAGCCACCGCUCUGUAUGAAGCUGCAAAAAAUGGACACGACAAGAUCGUGGAGUUCCUCCUUUCUCAGAAUGCUGAUGCCAACAAACCAGGAAAAACUGGGUUUUUACCGCUUCACGUUGCCGCUCAGAGAGGAAGCUACAGCAUCGUCUCCAUGUUGAUCUCGGUCACCAGUAAGACCAGAGUCCGCCGCGCCGGCAUCAGCCCGCUUCACCUGGCGGCUGAGCGUAACCGCGAUGAUGUCCUGGAGGCUCUGAUCGAGGCAGGUUUUGAUGUGAACGCUCAGCUGUCUGAAGAACGGCUGCGGCUCUACCAGGACCGCCGCAGCACGUCGCUCUACUUCUCCGUCAUUAACAACAACAUCCAUGCAGUGCGCAUGCUGCUGGCGGCCGGCGCAGACCCCAACCGGGACAUGUUCAAACCUCUGAUGGUGGCGGCGAGGCUGAACUGCAUCCAGACCGUCACCCUGCUGGUGGAGCACAGAGCAGAUAUCAACGCCUCCAUCCCCACACACCUCACCACCUUCCCUGCCGUCUACAUGUUCUCCAUGAAGAACCUGCCCAUGUUCAAGUACCUGCUCGACCACGGGGGCCACGCCCGAUCCUGCUUCAACUGUGUCUAUGGAAACCGAACUCAUCCACCAAUCAAAACCACACAAUCAGAGAGGGACUCAGACAGGGUCUCCGAACAGCACGGAGGCGUUCAG